AUGCCCGUUCUGCCAGGCAAGGACGACAUCCAGGGAACAUGGGACUUCCUUGCCAUAGGUGUCGAGAAGAUCAUGAACCACCUGCGUGAUGGCAUCGAUCUCAAGACAUACAUGAGUCUGUACACGGCCAUCCACAACUUUUGCACAGCUCAGAAGGCCGUCGGCCAAUCCACAAACCUCAACGCCACGCAUCGUGGAGCACACCUACUUGGAGAAGAUCUUUACAAACGCCUAAAUGACUACCUCAAAACUCACCUGGCUAGUGUCCAUGCAGAGAUGGUCAAGCACUCAGACGAAGCUCUCCUGACCUUCUACAUUAAGGAGUGGAACAGGUACACCACCGCCGGCACCUACAACAACCAUCUCUUCCGUUACCUCAACAGACAUUGGGUUAAGCGCGAGAUCGAUGAGGGCAAAAAGGACAUCUACGACAUAUACACCUUGCACUUGGUCAGAUGGAAGGAAGACAUGUUCGGCACCACCCAGAACGCCGUCAUGGACGCCGUCUUGCACCUGGUCGAGAAGCAGCGCAACGGCGAGACCAUCGAGCAAAGCCAGAUCAAAAGCGUCGUUGAUUCGUUCGUCUCGUUGGGCAUUGACGAGCAGGACAGCACAAAGUCGACCCUCGAUGUGUAUCGCAUCUACUUCGAGAAGCCCUACCUUGACGCCACCGAGAAGUACUACGCCCAAGAGUCCCGCCAGUUCCUCGCCGAGAACACCGUUGUCGAAUACAUGAAGAAGGCUGAACAACGUCUUGAGGAAGAGAAAGAGCGCGUCCCUCUAUAUCUGCUCAACGAGAUCAUGACUCCCUUGAUGAAGACCUGCGAGAAGGCCCUGAUUACCGAUCACUGUGCCAUUCUGCGCGACGAGUUCCAGGUUCUGCUCGACAAUGACAGAGUCGAAGACAUGACUCGCAUGUACAAGCUACUGGCCCGCAUUCCGGACGGUCUGGAUCCUUUGCGUAGCAAGUUUGAGGCUCACGUCCUCAGGGCUGGUAACACUGCUGUCGACAAGGUCGCCUCUGCUACAGAAAGCUCUGUCGACCCCAAGACUUACGUGGAUGCUCUGCUUGAAGUUCACACCAAGUACUCAGAUCUCGUGCAGACUGCUUUCAACGGCGAGUCCGAGUUUGUGCGUAGUCUCGACAAUGCUUGCCGCAACUAUGUCAACCGCAACGCCAUCUGUAAGAACGGCUCGACUCGUUCCCCUGAGCUUCUGUCCAAGCACGCCGAUACUUUGUUGAAGAAAUCGACCAAAAGCACCGAGGAAGACGACAUGGAGCAACAACUCAACCAGGUCAUGACCGUCUUCAAGUACAUCGAGGACAAGGAUGUCUUCAACAAGUUCUACUCGAAGACCCUGGCCAAGCGUCUGGUCCAAGGCACAUCUGCUUCCGGUGACGCUGAGACCAGCAUGAUCUCCAAGUUGAAAGAUGCAAGUGGUUUCGAGUACACCAACAAGCUCCAACGUAUGUUUCAGGACAUGCAGACCUCCAAGGAUCUCAACACAUCAUACGACGAAUGGUGCAAAGAGAACCUCGAGGAGACUGACCGUAAGGCUAUCAUCGACUCCUACUACAACGUACUCGGUACCGGUUUCUGGCCACUGCAACCAUCAAGCACACCCUUCACACCUCCACAGGACAUUGCACGCACGUAUGAGCGCUUCCAAAGUUACUACUUGAGCAAACACGGUGGCCGUAAGCUCACUUGGCUUUGGCAUCUUUGCAAGGGCGAGAUCAGAGCCAACUACGUUAGGAUGAACAAGGUUCCAUACACCUUCCAGGUAUCGACAUAUCAGAUGGCAAUCUUGCUACUCUUCAACGACAGCGAGACAGUGUCCUAUGACGAGAUUGCCGAAGCCACCAAACUCAAUAAGGACACUCUCGAUCCCUCGGUGGCCAUCAUGCUCAAGGCAAGAGUGCUUACAGCCAAGCCCGAAGGUGCUGGCCAAGCAAGUGGCACUACCUACACUCUCAACCACGGCUUCAAGAACAAAAAGCUGAAGGUCAAUCUCAACAUCGCCAUCAAGUCGGAGCAGAAGCAGGAAGUCGAAGAGACGCACAAGACUAUCGAGGAGGACAGAAAGAUGCUCAUGCAGUCUGCUAUUGUCCGCAUCAUGAAGUCUCGCAAGACGAUGAAGCACACACAACUGGUCGCCGAGGUCAUCUCGCAGAUCAAGAACAGAUUCGUGCCCAAGGUCCCCGAUAUCAAGAAAUGUAUCGACAUCCUCCUGGAGAAGGAGUACCUCGAGCGCUUGGAAGGUGAUGAGCUUGGCUACCUGGCUUAG